AUGAUACAAAUUUAUAGUGAAAAAAAUCAAAUCAAAGAUGUAUUCGAUAAUAUUGAUCUUGAUCAUGAUGGCUAUAUUACAUCGAUCGAUCUUCGUGUUUCAAUGCGAAAGUUAGGAAUUAGUUUAAAUGAUGAUGAAAUUGAAACAAUGAUGAUGCAAGCUGCUGCUGCUGCUGCUGCUGUUGCUGUUACGCCUACUACUCAUGAUGAUCAUAGAGAUGGUGGUGGUACAGACGUUAGUGGACGACAAUCAAAGCAUAUUAUUCAUCCUGAUGAUAAUAAUAAUAACACAGCAGCAACAACAACAACAACAACAACAUCAGUUGAUUCGUUCGAUUGGCAAACCAAUAAAAUUGAUUUGAAUCAAUUUAAAGCACUGUGUUGUUGUAAUAAUUUCGAAGAUGAUGAUCACAUAUAA